AUGGAGGACCAACAAACAGAACGCUCUCCUUUCGAUGGGCACACGUCCCUCUCCUCAGUCCGCAGGCCCGCCCGAGGCCAGGCCACGAGGCCACGCGGAGUUCUCAGGGGGCCAGGCCCGAGCAGGUCAAGGAGGAGGCAAGGAAGAGGUUCUUCUAGGCAAGCGUGGGGCUCGGACUCCGGAACAAAGCGCCGGCCCAGAAAGACACGCCGGCCCGGCGACGCACACUCACGGGGCUCCCGGCGCUACGCAAAAGCCCCGCAGCGCGCCGGCCCGCCACCCUUACGCCACUCGCUUGGCCCCAGAGCCUUCGCGAAUAUGGCUUUGCGCACUGCGGCGGGGCUGCGCCGCAACCUAGCUUGCCCGGUGGCUCCUCCCCGCCGGUCUGCGCGGAUUGAGGAGGCAGCUGCGGCGGCAGCUGCUGAGUUCUCGGUGAAGGUGAGUGGAGCCGCCGCCGCCGAGCGGAGCCCUCUAAGAUGGCCGCCGCCCCUGGCCGCUUCUUGUCGAGUGGCCGGCGUGCGGCUGAGUGGCGGGCUCGGCCGGGACCCUGACGCGGGGUGCGAGGACAGCGUGCGAGCGUGGCGGGCCUCGCGCCUCGGCGGGAGGGACGCGGCCAGCGGCAGGGCCCGGCCGUUGGCGCGGGACCAGCGAGGCGGACGAGUCCGGAGCCCGGCCUCCCGGUGGGGAGGAGGCUUUUCAUUUGUACCAUCCCCUCCCCUCCCCACCCCAUCCAUUAAUAUUAUUCUUUUGAAGAUUCUUCGUUGUCAAGCCGCCAAAGUGGAGAGUGCGAUUGCAGAAGGGGGUGCUUCUCGUUUCAGUGCUUCUUCGGGCGGAGGAGGAAGUAGGGGUGCACCUCAGCACUAUCCCAAGACUGCUGGCAACAGCGAGUUCCUGGGGAAAACCCCAGGGCAAAACGCUCAGAAAUGGAUUCCUGCACGAAGCACUAGACGAGAUGACAACUCCGCAGCAAACAACUCCGCAAAUGAAAAAGAACGACAUGAUGCGAUCUUCAGGAAAGUAAGAGGCAUACUAAAUAAGCUUACUCCUGAAAAGUUUGACAAGCUAUGCCUUGAGCUCCUCAAUGUGGGUGUAGAGUCUAAACUCAUCCUUAAAGGGGUCAUACUGCUGAUUGUGGACAAAGCCCUAGAAGAGCCAAAGUAUAGCUCGCUGUAUGCUCAGCUAUGUCUGCGAUUGGCAGAAGAUGCACCAAACUUUGAUGGCCCAGCAGCAGAGGGUCAACCAGGACAGAAGCAAAGCACAACAUUCAGACGCCUCUUGAUUUCCAAAUUGCAAGAUGAAUUUGAAAACCGAACCAGAAAUGUUGAUGUCUAUGAUAAGCGUGAAAAUCCCCUCCUUCCUGAGGAGGAGGAACAGAGAGCCAUUGCUAAGAUCAAGAUGUUGGGGAACAUCAAAUUCAUUGGAGAACUUGGCAAGCUUGAUCUUAUUCAUGAAUCUAUCCUUCAUAAGUGCAUCAAAACACUUUUGGAAAAGAAGAAGAGAGUCCAACUCAAAGAUAUGGGAGAGGAUUUGGAGUGCCUCUGUCAGAUAAUGAGGACAGUAGGACCUCGCUUAGACCAUGAACGAGCCAAGUCCUUAAUGGAUCAGUACUUUGCCAGAAUGUGUUCCUUAAUGUUAAGUAAGGAAUUGCCAGCAAGGAUUCGUUUCCUACUGCAGGAUACUGUAGAGUUGCGAGAACACCAUUGGGUUCCUCGCAAGGCUUUUCUUGACAAUGGACCAAAGACGAUCAAUCAAAUCCGUCAAGAUGCAGUAAAAGAUCUAGGAGUGUUUAUUCCUGCUCCUAUGGCUCAAGGGAGGAAUGACUUCUUCCUGGAGGGACCGUUCAUGCCGCCAAGGAUGAAAAUGGAUAGGGAUCCACUUGGAGGACUUGCUGAUAUGUUUGGACAAAUGCCAGGUAGUGGAAUUGGUACUGGUCCAGGAGUUAUCCAGGAUAGAUUUUCACCCACGAUGGGACGUCAUCGUUCAAAUCAGCUCUUCAAUGGCCAUGGGGGACACAUCAUGCCUCCCACACAGUCGCAAUUUGGAGAGAUGGGGGGCAAAUUUAUGAAAAGCCAGGGGCUAAGCCAGCUCUACCAUAACCAGAGUCAGGGACUCUUAUCCCAGCUGCAAGGACAGUCGAAGGAUAUGCCACCUCGGUUUUCUAAGAAAGGACAGCUUAAUGCAGAUGAGAUUAGUUUGAGGCCUGCUCAGUCGUUCCUAAUGAAUAAAAAUCAGGUGCCAAAGCUUCAGCCCCAGAUAACUAUGAUUCCUCCCAGUGCACAGCCACCACGCACUCAAACACCACCUCUGGGACAGACACCUCAGCUUGGUCUCAAAACUAAUCCACCACUUAUCCAGGAAAAACCUGCCAAGACUAGCAAAAAGCCACCACCAUCAAAGGAGGAACUACUUAAACUGACCGAAGCUGUUGUGACUGAAUAUCUGAACAGUGGAAAUGCAAACGAGGCCGUCAGUGGUGUGAGAGAAAUGAGAGCCCCGAAACACUUUCUUCCUGAGAUGUUAAGCAAAGUGAUCAUCCUGUCACUAGAUAGAAGUGAUGAAGAUAAAGAAAAAGCAAGCUCUUUGAUCAGUUUGCUCAAACAGGAAGGGAUAGCCACAAGUGACAACUUCAUGCAGGCUUUCCUGAACGUAUUGGAGCAGUGCCCCAAACUGGAGGUUGACAUCCCCUUGGUGAAAUCUUAUUUGGCACAGUUUGCAGCUCGUGCUAUAAUUUCUGAGUUGGUGAGCAUUUCAGAACUAGCUCAACCGCUGGAGAGUGGCACCCACUUCCCUCUCUUCUUACUUUGUCUUCAACAAUUAGCUAAAUUACAAGAUCGAGAAUGGUUAACUGAACUUUUUCAACAAAGCAAGGUCAAUAUGCAGAAAAUGCUGCCAGAGAUUGAUCAGAAUAAGGAUCGAAUGUUGGAGAUUUUGGAAGGAAAGGGACUAAGUUUCUUAUUCCCGCUCCUUAAAUUGGAGAAGGAGCUAUUGAAGCAAAUUAAGCUGGAUCCAUCCCCUCAAACUAUAUAUAAAUGGAUUAAAGAUAACAUCUCUCCCAAACUUCAUGUAGAUAAAGGAUUUGUGAACAUCUUAAUGACCAGCUUCUUACAGUACAUUUCUAGUGAAGUAAGCCCACCUAGCGAUGAAACAGAUUCUUCCUCUGCUCCUUCCAAAGAACAGUUAGAGCAAGAAAAACAACUGCUGCUCUCUUUCAAGCCAGUGAUGCAGAAAUUCCUUCAUGAUCAUGUAGAUCUCCAGGUCAGUGCCCUGUAUGCUCUGCAGGUGCACUGUUACAACAGCAGCUUCCCAAAAGGCAUGUUACUUCGAUUUUUUGUUCAUUUCUAUGACAUGGAAAUUAUUGAGGAGGAAGCUUUCUUGGCUUGGAAGGAAGACAUAACUCAAGAGUUUCCAGGAAAAGGCAAGGCUUUGUUCCAGGUAAAUCAGUGGCUAACCUGGCUAGAAACUGCUGAAGAAGAAGAAUCAGAGGAAGAAGCUGACUAAAGAACCAGCCAAAGCCUUAAAUUGUGCAAAACAUACUGUUGCUAUGAUGUAACUGCAUUUGACCUAACCACUGCGAAAAUUCAUUCCGCUGUAACGUUUUUUCACAAUAUUUAAAGCAGAAGCACGUCAGUAAGGUUUCCUUCUGCAUAAGGUUUUUGUAGUGUGAUGUCUUAAUCAUAGUCUACCAUCAAAUACUUUAGGAGUAUCCUUAAUGUUUAGAUAGAAUAUUAGCAGCAUGCAAUAAUUACAUCCUAAGUUCUCAAGCAGAGGCAGUCUAUUGCAAGGACCUUCUUUGCUGCCAGUUACCAUAGGCUGUUUUAAGUUAGAAAACUGAAUAGCAACACUGAAUACUGUAGAGAUGCACUUUGCUCAGUAAUACUUGAGUUGUUGCAAUAUUUGAUUAUCCAUUUGGUUGUUACAGAAAAAUUCUUAACUGUAAUUGAUGGUUGUUGCCGUAAUAGUAUAUUGCCUGUAUUUCUACCUCUAGUAAUGGGCUUUAUGUGCUAGAUUUUAAUAUCCUUGAGCCUGGGCAAGUGCACAAGUCUUUUUAAAAGAAACAUGGUUUACUUGCACAAAACUGAUCAGUUUUGAGAGAUCUUUAAUGCCCUUGAAGUGGUUUUUGUGGGUGUGAAACAAAUGGUGAGAAUUUGAAUUGGUCCCUCUUAUUAUAGUAUUGAAAUUAAGUCUACUUAAUUUAUCAAGUCAUGUUCAUGCCCUGAUUUUAUAUACUUGUAUCUAUCAAUAAACAUUGUGAUACUUGAUGUAGUUGUACAUGACUUCAAAUAGUACCUGCAAAGUUAUGGAGAAUUGUUCAUUUUGUUUUGAGGUAUGGACUUAUCUCAGUUUAAGAACUUGGGAAAUUUUUAGCUACGUAGUCUUCACACCAGUGCUAUUCAGUAGUGAUUCACCCUGUAAGCAUCAGUCGUUGUCAUAUUUUCAAGUAUUCAGUUUUUCACCCUAUGACUGUUUCCUGUCAGUCUAGUUCUAAUACAAACUGUCAACUUAGUCUGGAGCUGCCUUUACUGUUAUAGACUUUGUAUCAACUCUUCAGCUCUGCAUCCUCUUUGCUGAGGUACCUGCUUAGCCCUUAAUCUCCAUUUACUCUUCAAAACAAAACAACCAGAGCAAGAAAUGGAAAAAUAAAACUGCCGUGUCGUUUAGAACCCAGCAAAUGCUAGACUUUGUCAUCGUAAAAUUUGCUCCCUCUCACUGCUUUUGAUUCUGUCUAGCCCUUGCAAUAUGCAGUUCCUCUACCUGAAACAGUGCUCUCUCCUCUAGCUGUUAACCUUCAGAUGUUGGUGUAAUUAAUUUCACUCAAAGAUCUUGCCUUCUUCCUCUGCCAGGACAGUGAGGAGUUUGUGUCAGUCAAGGUUUUUUUUUUUUUUUUUUUUUUUUUUUUUUUUGAGAUGUUACUGGAAGGUCCACAGGGAACCCAGAGAACAGUAGACCACAGAAAUAGCCUGGCUGGGUCAAGUCCCACUGUGUCCCCGGCAUUCUCUGCCAAUAUCUGUUCUCAGGUGUCACCAGUUCCAAAAGCCUACAGUGGAAUUGAGUAGGGACAGAUAGACCCCUUGGUUUCCCCCAGCCAGAACCCUGGUCUGCUUUGGGGGCUCAUCAACUCUCAGUGGAGUAAAAGAAACUGGGAAGAGUUGCUUAAGUGGACAGACAAGGAUAAUUGUGGGAUUGAGGCUCAUCCCACAAUAGCCUAGCCUGUGGUCCACUACUCAUCCACCCCUUGGUGAAAGCUGAGCACCAAAGGGACAGUGUAGGUGCAUCUCAUCACUGCUAAAUGGGAUUUUGUGACCUUCAAUCUUAGUGAAUUUUGGGAAUUAGGAAUUACAGGGCAAUUCAGAAUUAGGUUUAGGAUCCAAAAUGUCCUGGAUAAAAGAUUGUCUUUGAACUAAAGAUUGAUUGACUGCAUGGUAACUGAGUUAGGGCUAACACACUAACUGAAAUGAUCUGUGUAUUGCCCACCCACUAGAAAAACUAGUAACAAAUAAAUGUUUGGAUAGUGA